GAAUGGAUGCCGGUAACCGAUCUCAUCAGCCCGUGAGGGAGGGAUGAGAUAUUCCCGUGGGAUGAUCACGUGUCCGUGGGGAGUAGUUGUGUGUGUGGAGCCCUUGGAAUCGGAGGUGUAGCGUCAAGCGCGUCGUCCAGACUUCAUUGUUACUGUAAGGAAGCUGUCAACUGUAUUUGCGCGUGUUUAUUGCUUUGCUGAAAGCGAAAGAAAAUGCACGUGAGGAGAGGGGAUCUGACGACCGAUUUACAUAAACUUCUGCGCGCAUCUCAGUCGCAACAAACGCACUCAGCGUGAUCGGUGAAAAAUCAACACUGCUGUUUACUGUUCUUGCUACGCGAAAUACAGAUCACUGCCACUGCACAUCAAGGUGACUGACCAGCUUCUGUGGGAUUUGAUGUCGCCUUUAGAUCGGUUCGACUGAAGAUGGAAACCCUGGAGUCCGAGCUGACGUGCCCGAUCUGCCUGGAACUGUUUGAGGACCCGCUCCUGCUCCCCUGCGCCCACAGCCUGUGCUUCAACUGCGCCCACCGCAUCUUGGUGUCCCACUGCUCAAGCACCAAACCCCUCGAGUCCAUCUCUGCCUUCCAGUGCCCCACCUGCCGCUACGUCAUCACGCUUAACCAGCGCGGCCUGGAGGGCCUAAAGCGCAAUGUGACACUGCAGAACAUCAUCGACCGCUUCCAGAAGGCCUCUGUCAGCGGGCCUAAUUCUCCAAACGAGAGUCGCAGGCCCCGGCCCUACAGCGCCACGCUAGGCGGGAGCGCGAGGGGCAGCCCCGCCAGCAGCGCCAUGUCCCUCGAGCGUGUCGGGUGUCAGUUCUGUGACCAGGAGCCUCCGCGCGAGGCGGUGAAGACAUGUGUGACGUGCGAGGUGUCAUACUGCGACCGCUGCCUGAGGGCCACACACCCCAAUAAGAAGCCCUUCACCAGCCAUCGUCUGGUGGAGCCAGUGGCGGAUGCUCAGCUGCGUGGACUAGCCUGUUUGGAGCAUGAAAACGAGAAGGUCAACAUGUACUGUGUGGUUGACGAUCAGCUCAUCUGCGCCCUUUGCAAGUUGGUGGGACGCCACCGUGAACAUCAGGUCACCUCGCUGAGCGAUCGCUUCGACAAGCUGAAGGCUUUUCAAGUGAGCCCUGCCAGAGUUUCUGAAGCGGUUAUGGAGGCAUCAAAGACAAGCGCCGCGCAAACCUUGGAGAAUAACUUAACCAAUCUGGUGAAGAGGAACAGUGAGCUGGAGAACCAGAUGGCCAAACUCAUCCAGAUUUGUCAACAGGUGGAGGUGAACACAGCCAUGCAUGAAGCCAAGCUGGUGGAGGAGUGUGAUGAAUUGGUGGAGAUAAUUCGCCAGAGGAAACAGGUCAUUGCUGUCAAGAUCAAAGAGUCCAAGGUGAUGAAGCUGAGGAAGUUGGCUCAGCAGAUUGCGAACUGCAGACAGUGUCUGGAGCGCUCGAGCGCCCUCAUCACACAGGCGGAGCACAGCCUGAAGGAGAACGACCACACCCGAUUCCUCCAGACGGCCAGGAAUGUGGCGGAGAGAGUUGCCAUGGCCACCGCCUCCUCCCAGGUCCUCAUCCCAGACGUCAAUCUGAACGAGGCCUUUGACAAUUUUGCCCUUGAUUUCUCCAGAGAAAAGAAAAUCCUGGAAGGACUGGAUUAUCUGACAGCUCCCAACCCUCCCUCGAUACGCGAAGAGCUCUGCACGGCCUCUCACGACACCAUUACAGUGCACUGGACAUCUGAAGAUGAAUUCAGCGUCACGUCUUAUGAGCUUCAGUACACCAUCUACACUGGACAGACCAACUUCAUCAGUCUAUAUAACUCUGUGGAUAGUUGGAUGAUUGUACCCAAUAUCAAGCAGAAUCACUACACAGUCCACGGCCUGCAGAGCGGGACUCGUUACAUCUUUUUCGUCAAGGCCAUCAACCAGGCAGGAAGCAGAAACAGUGAACCCGCUCGCCUCAAAACCAACAGUCAGCCUUUCAAACUAGACCCCAAAACGGCCCAUAAGAAACUGCGGCUCUCGAAUGACUGUCUGACAAUGGAGAAGGAUGAAAGCUCGCUGAAGAAAAGCCACACUCCAGAACGCUUCAGCGGAACUGGAUCUUAUGGAGCUGCUGGCAACGUCUUCAUUGACAGUGGUUGCCAUUAUUGGGAAGUACUACUGGGAGCCUCUACAUGGUACGCUCUUGGUGUGGCCUAUAAGUCAGCACCCAAAAACGAGUGGAGUGGUAAAAACUCAUCAUCUUGGGUUUUCUCACGCUGCAACAAUAACUUCUUGGUGCGGCACAACAACAAGGAGUCCAUCGUGGAAGCGUCACUACAGCUGCGCAGGGUGGGAGUUCUUCUGGACUACGACAACAACACUCUGUCCUUCUAUGAUGCCAUGAACUCCCAGCACAUAUACACUUUUGACGUUUCCUUCCUGCUUCCGGUGGCUCCCACCUUCAUGAUCUGGAACAAGUCAUUGAUGAUCAUGUCAGGGCUGCCGGUGCCUGACUUUGUGGACUGCAGCGAGCAGCAAGAGGGCAUCUGCCGCCAACAGGAGUCACCCUAUGUUUCUGGAAUAAAGAGCUGCCACUGAGGCACCCAAGGAGCUGAUUAUUCCAGAAGGUUCCUUUGCCCUUCUUCUUUUCCUAGUGUUCAGAUCUUGGGUGAAGUUGGAGCUUUAGUUGAUUACAUAAAUGAGCGGUUAGUGCGUGUAUUAUGAGCUCUCCGAUUUUAACAGCUGAUUUGGGGGAAGUUAAAUUGUAAAUUAUUUAAGACUUAACGUCAGUUUGCUUUUUUUGUCAGUUCUAAUGUAUCCCUAAAAGCACUUUUUAGAGUUUAAUUUGUUCCUCCUGUGUGUAAAAAGACUUGCUUACUUGAGACAAGGUUGGACUUCCGUUUGGACCGAAUAAAGUGGAUUAUAUUAGGAUGACAAUUUGGUGUUUCUACUAAGGGUUACAUUUAUUAUCUGAUGGGUCUAUAACACACUCUUUUCAUAUUCAGGGAGAAAAGAUGAUGCUUUGGUUAGAUGAUUGAGAUGAUGGCAUGAUAUGUAUUUCCUCUGUGAUUUGUUCUCACUAUCUCAGUUUCUGGUUUAGUUUUGUGAAAAGCAUGAGGCACAAGUUCCCCUGGUGUUUUUUUAACAUGUAUUUUUAAUCAUUGAUAUAUGAUGUACCGCAAAGUCCCAUCUGUGGAUGUGUUCAACAAUUAACGCCUGUAAGGACCAUCUAGAGCUGAAUUUCAGGACCAUAGUGCAUAUAAAACCAUCACAUUUGUUCAAAUAUAUGUGAAAGAUUGGCAACAGAACAUUUCGUUUCUUCAGUUUAUCAUUUAAAGUGACUUAAAUGAGCAUCUAAAGCUGUGACGAAUCUUCCGUGAUCUUCCGCAGUGUGACGUUCAGGGCUAUAAUAAGGACACUCAGUUGUGGGUUCGGAUAAAGACAAUCACUUGUGUUAGACAGUACAGGCAAAAAGAUCAAGUGUGUAGCAAAAGAUCUUUGCAAUAGCAUGCUAAACUGGAGACACUUCCCUGAAAGAGUGGUUUGUGUCCAAUCGGUUUAUUGUAAAUAUCUAGAUUGGGAGGUAUUUGUACUACUGACGCAACUGUCCUGCUGCACUUUUUGCUUUGUGUUGGUGGAGUCUUUCCUCUUCGCUCUGCUGAAUGUACAUGAUUGCUUUGAUUCUUUUGUAUCUUUCUGAUUGAAAGCACAGAGCAUUUUACCAUCCCAUCCACUUUGCAGGCACAGGAAUCAUGCAAGUCCUCCUUGAGAGCUUAACGCUCCCUUCAAAAAUAUAAAGUGGAUCAGUGCAGUUACGAGUGAAAUUUCAGUGACAGUUUAGCCAAAGCAUAAAGAAGUCACUUUCAAACUAAGCAACUGUAUUGUUGGACAGCAUGGUAAAUUUGCAUGAACUUGAAUUUGAACAGUAAAAACUGCUUGGUGAAAAUGUUCGCCAUCAUGCAGAACUCUCAAUCAAGCUAUAUCCUGUUGGAUUUCACAGAAUUGCGCAUAAUGGCAUUAAUAGUGGCCACCCCUUAAGAACAAGUUGCAUGCACUGAAAGCAUUGUUAUUUGCAUUGGUUAAAAGCAUAAAACUGACAAUUACUCAACAUGCCCUUAUGACCAUGCCCAAUUCAUAAUUAUUUUAUAUUUAGCAAAUUGCUGGAUUAUUUGGCUUAGCAAUCUUUCUUACUCUCAUUGAACCGUGCUGCAUUUAUGGGAAACUCUCAGCUGUGAUAAUUCCUAUUUGAAUGUGUAGUUUUCACCUAGGUUGAGCAGAUCAAUAAUAAAUGUGACUGCUCCUUUAGAAGAAUCUGCAUGUGCUGAUGGCAUUGUGACUUCAAUUGGAUAAAACAGAUGAUUACACAACAUGUGUAACUAUUUUACAUUUUACUGAUUGAUGGCUAUUGUAUGGGUGUUUCCCAGUACUGGGUUGCAGUUGGAAAGGCAUCCACUGUGUAAAACAUAUGCUGGAUUUCACUGUGGUGACCUCUGAUGAAUAAAGAGACUAAGCCAAAGGAAAAUUAAUAAAUGACUCAUGGCUAAAUCAUAUGAAUUUGUACAGUGUCUUCUGUAUGAUAUGGUUGGAAGAGUUUAACAUCCCCACCUCAAAGAGUAACCCACACAGUUGUGCAGAGCAACAGUCAAUUUGAGCUCAUCAUAUAGGGAUAGGUUUUGUGCACUGAUAGUAUUUGCAGAGGAUGAAAAUGCAAAACAGAUGUUUACCCAACAAACUGUCCAGAGAAUUUCUAUCUUUAUGUUGUGCAAAUUGGUGGUUAAUCCAUAUUAAUUUGUACAAUCUCUUUUUCUAUAUGUUUCCAUGUGAUCUUAAGACCUACUAGCUGUUUGAAUUAGACUUUUAACUUAUUUGGCUUGGAGUUUAGAGGCAGUUUUUGGGUUUAACUUUUUUCGCCCUCAUGGGAAACUCCCAUUUGUGCAAAUUCCUAAUCCUAUAAAGAUGGGUUUGCAUUUACCUCAGUUUUUAUGGUUUUUCCAGCAUUUCUUUACCUACUGGUCCCAUAUACCUCUUUUUCACCAAGGCAGUUUAAAUGCUAGUUCAGAGCCAAAGCCUAGUUUCAAAUCAGUUCUAUAUCAUUCGGCACACAAAGCACUGACUCUGAACCAGGAAAAUCGGUUCUUAAGUAAAACCACAACAUUGUUGUGCGGAAAUUCUAUCGAGUGCCAUUUUUGAAACAGAAGCACAGUGAUGAACGUUAAUCUUUUUCUAUUAAAAUUACAGCGCCAUAUGCAAAUAUGUUUUCUACCAUGUAUUCUCUGACUAUACAAAUCAUGGUGCGCUGCAUGAACAUGUCAUUAUUGUUCGUAAACUCUGUCUAUACAAACUACUCCACGCUGCAUGAACACUUCAGAUAUGUUAAGCUUUGAUUUACAAAGUUUUGCAAAGUUAUUAAUAUUAAUAGCAACGCAUCGUUAAUCCCACGUUUGUAUUUGGUGAUUCUGCAUUUGUGUUGCUGGAAAAAUAAGAUGUAAGCAGUGACGUCUGACCUGGCUCUACUGUCUGACUCUCUAGACAGUGAAAUAGCAAAGCAGUUGUUAUGGCAGUUACCCCUGAGUGGUACUGUACGGUACGGUAUGGUACGGUUUGUCAUGCUUUUAUGUUUGUUUCCACUGUCAAAGGGAAUCAAAAAGCGAACCGUACCAUAUGACUUUUUGGCUACCCUUUCCAAAGAGUACCUAGCACAACAAAAGAGUACCAUAACGUGGAGCAAGAUGCGCAGAUUGAUUGCUAUUGCUUUACAGCGAAACAUCACUAGUACGUGCACAAGCCAGGAGAAUGAAAACACAGGAAGCUCCAUUUUUAAAUGCACAGCCCAGACAUUUCUCCAUAAUACUAUAUACAUGUUUUAACAAACCAUUGUUGACUCAAACUUAAACAAACCUUGUCGUCAUCUUUAUAAAUAGCCACAAAGCCAAAGAAAAACAGAAUCUGCUGUGUCCUGUUGUUGUUUCCGAGGCUUGUUUCAUAGAGCUCAUGUGCAGUCGCCACGCGUCUAUAUUUCAAAUAACAAACUUCUUGAGCUCAUAAUAAUGACAUGCAGGUGAUUAUUGAAGUGCUUCUGACAUCCGAUUCUUUCAGAAAUGGAUAAAUGCUUAGGCUAUUUUGCAUAAUUUAUCUGCAUUUAUAAUCAAAUCCUGUUCAUGGAAAGGUUAUUAAUGAACAUUUAUACAUGAGAAGUGCUUCUCAUAUGAAAUGUGAACGACCCACACAGCUUUACUGUACACAUUUCCUCGAGCGGGAAUGACAUCGUCUGAAACUUUAGGUUGUACACAACGCCAACCAUAGGUACCCUUUGGCAUUGGAGACAAGCCUGUUAAAGGUGAUCUGUACUAAACUAAACCGUACCACUCAGUGGAAACAAGGCUCGCCAGAUGAACCCGCUCCUAAAUAGCAAUAACACUGCCUCUAAAUUAGCACGUGGCACGUUGGUGGAAAAGAGGUAUUAGUUUCUUGUUCAAAUUGAAGGCGCCAUGACCAUGAACUCAUGCGUUUAAUCUAUAAAUCAAUGAUACAUCAAAAGUAUAGUAGAGCAAUAAUGAACAGGCUUGUGUUUGUUCACAUUUAUAUAUUUUCUGGCUAAUUACCUAGAGCCUCAAAACCAAAUGUUUAGAUUUUGGGAAACACCAUAAUGAGACUUUUUUUUUAGACUGAUGGAGCUUUUUUGGUGAGUUUGACAAUUCUGCAUGUGGAACCGGUGUGGGAGACGUUUGACAUAGCAAUGACAAAUCAUUGUCAGUGUGUGUUCUCUAUGAACACAAACCCUGAGAUGUCCACUACUGCACUGUCCCUCCCUCUCAGUCUCUCUUACUUCAUUCAGUCACACUGAUGUCAGUCCUGUUGUCCCUGGCAAUGCAGCAGCUGCUGUCAUGUGUCACGGUCUUGAGUGCAGCCCUGCAUGCUGAAAACAGCAAGAUGACAUGCAUCCCAGGAAGUCUUCAACAUUUACACUUAUCAUUAGGCAAAUCUUGAGGGAUAGUUUGAAGAUUUGCUUCUCCCUUUUUUCAGACUCAUGUAUAAGCUCAGAUUUGGGCUUUUCAGAGGCCAAAUGGUUAAGGUGAGAAGUCAGUUACUGAUCUAGAAUUGUUUGUUUGUUCAAGUGCGAUUCACUGGGUGACUGCAUGAUGAUCUGGCUUGGCUGGAAGCAUUUCCUGUGAUAUUCUCUGCUGUUUUAUAUUUAUAUAAACAUUUUUUUAUGGGAAAUGUCCAGGAAGAAUAUUGUUAUGGCAUAUCAGGUUUCCAGUUAGCCCUUUUCUUUGCAUUUGAGACUAAUUAAUUCAUUACUUUUCUGUUUUCGAUUGAUUGUUUUCUACAUUUCUGAAGAAAAGAAAAGAAAAGAAAGAACUGAAUCCUCUUCUUUGAUAUCAUGUGCUCAAGCAGCUGUUCAUCAACAUUAUGCUCCUGUUUCAAUAGAUAUAACUUAGCAAAAAAAGAAUGUAAAUCAUAGGAGGAAAUAUAUAUUAUAUAUAAAUUGUAUAAUAUACAAAAAUAUAUAUAUGAACUAUUGUUAUUUAUGUGAGUCCAAAUAAAAUCUGAUCCCAAAUGUG